AUAUAGACUCUUCGUGUUUUUCCAGAGUUUAAAUGACGCUAUGGGCAGCUGUCGCAAAAAGCUAUAUCUACUCGAGCAUAUCCUUGUAGUGAUAUUAGUUUUGCACGGUGGUACCUGUCUUUGGUACUACCUUCAUCGACCAUCUUUAGCAGCAUUGAAGUGGGAACACCUGGGUUAUACAUCCCGAGUUAAUAUACAGAAGAUGCAUUUUCAUAAUUAUCUCAAUUGCUGGUAUUACUGCGCGUGCCGACUAUUCAACUGUAUUUUUGGCGACGCUUUUCCACUACAUGGCUCAGAAAAAUGGCUGACAUCAUUCUUAAUGCUUUUCGGAUAUGUGUUCAUACGAUACCGUUUUAUUGGAAGUUUGGCUUGGGAAUUUGUUCUCGAAAAACGGCGAUGGUCCGUCUUUGUGGAUCAGGAAGCGAUCGCCAAAUACGACCAAAUCGAUUCACGUAUGAUUCGCACCCGCUAUCGGCCAAUGAAAGUGCUCAAAGACCAUUUAUCUGGUGUCGAAGAGGAGGAUCCUACAUUUAUUGACGAUUCCCAUAUGUAUUAUAGAGAUGAAAACAACAUAAAGCGCAGGAAGUUUACAACUGAUUAUUUAGAGCUCUAUAAGGUUACGUGUAAUGUGACUACUGUUGAUUCACCCCGACUUUGUCUCAGAGCGAGUUUCCCCUGGAUAUUGGAACCUAAUACCGAUUUUAACGUGAGAAAGGAAACCGUGAAAGAGAUAGCUGAAGAAAAAAUGGCCAGUGUCGGGUUUUAUCUUGACGUAUUAUCAGUAUUUCCGAUAUAUAUUUUUACGGACACCCUCGACCCGGGCGGAGAGACGAUAAUGAGUCAAUUAGCUGUUAUAUUCCCUGUUUUGCAAGUUUGGCACGUGUGGGACUAUAUGACCAAAUGGGGGAAGAAGUUUAAUAGCAAUGCUAAGUUCCUUUGCUUGAUGAAGUACUUUUUAUUGUUUAUUAUAUUUUGCUACUGGUCUGGAUGUUUGUUGUAUUUGACAGCUUGCCCGAGGAAAUUAUGUAAUGAGAAGUCUUGGUUAUCCCAAUUAAUAUAUUGGGAGACAAAAGUUUUUGUCACUAUCAAUGCAAAACAUGAAAAGCCAAUGGUGACGUCACUAUCGUUUGGUACUUCAGUUUUCACUGGAAAUGGAAUGUCAGAUAUUGCCCCCGGAAUCGGAGAUGUGUUGUUGGUUGUUCUACUGUUGGUGUUAGGGGUGUACUUAAGUUGUUUCUACGUGGCAAACGUGUGUAGUGUCUUCUUACUGGGGACCCAGAGGAAAUUGAAAUUUAAGGAUUCUAUGAGGGAAUUAUUUUAUUUUCUCUCUGUAAAUCAUGUCAGUGGAAAAAUCAAGUCACGAGUAAAAAAAUUCUUCUGUGUGCAAUGGUACUACAAUAGCGCUGUAACUAGUCAAGAAAUAUUUAAAGAUAUGUCAAGCAAUAUUCAACAAGAAAUUUCAGCCAUAGAAAUGAUGGAUACGUUGCUUUGUUGUCCUUUGUUUCAGGAUUGCAGUCGUGAUUUUUUACAAACUGUUGUGGCAAAUACUAAAAUAAUUGUACUACCCGAUAACGAAAUAGUACAACAUGCUGGUGAUAUUGGAAGGGAUAUGUACAUAAUACAGAAGGGUUAUUGUAACAAACUCAAUAACAUGGGAAAAGUUGUGUCAUCAGUUCAUCCGGGGGACUUCUUCGGCAGCACUGAAAUGUUAUAUGGACUUCCUAAAGUAUACACCGUGCUGACAACGACAAAUUGCAUAUUACUGCAUUUGGAGUACACUGCCCUGGUACAAUGCUGGAGCACCUUUCCCGACAUCACUCACGCUAUUAUCGCGACUCUUGAAGACGACGAGAUACGCCGACAGGCGUCGCAGUUUGAGGACGCUAAGCUCCUAGUCGGCAGAAUAGACGCUAAAACUAAUAGAAUAGCGCAAGAAAUAAAGGAAAGUUUCGUUAUAUUGAGUGGUCGGAGAGAAAAGCUACAGUACGUAGAAGCCUUUGAAAACUUGGGAAUUAUGAAAUACAUUCGUUACAUAUUUGUGCCUGGUACGAUUACGCCUCAUGGAUUAUUUUUAAAAGGAUGGUGUGCGUUGCGCUUUUUGAUUGCCAUACAUUAUGCACUGAUGAUCCCGUAUAAUAUUGCUACGAAACAAAAUAAAUUCGGUGGUGGUUACAACUGGAUGGACAUAUUUCUUUACUUGGAUAUUAUUGUAAUGUCUUAUGUGGCAUACUAUAAUGAAAAAUCGUUAUUAGUAACCCAUCCUCUCCUCACUGUUUCUCGAUAUUUAAAACAUGCGUUCAUAUUGGAUAUUUUGAGCGUAUUUCCUUUUGAAGAAUUGCUGAGAAUAAUAAAUGACCACUCGGAUCUUGAUCUAUAUCGUCUAAAUAGAAUGUUAUUGGUAACGCGAAUAACCAGCACAUUUUCGUAUUGGGAAAGCGAUAUAAUGCGUGUAAAUCAGGUCGUAGUUUUGCUAAAGUUCCUACCUUUAGUGAUAACAAUAGUUAACUUUGCGACCUCAUUCGUCUUUAUGAAUUCCUGUGUGACCUACAGGGAUAAGAAGUCUUAUUAUAUUCUAGUCAAUUGUUCCAAAGUCUUUCUGCUUUCACAAAAUUCUAAUAAUGAAAUAAGAUACGCAAUAGCAGAAUACAUACGAAUAUUUUAUUGGGUAUUCGAAGUGUUUGUCGGGUGCGGCUGUACACCAGUAGUAGUUGCAAAUACAGUAGAUGUGUUACUCACAAUGUUGUUACAAUUAGCUGGAGUCCUUUACUUUGCGUUCAUGUUUGGACACAUUGCUUCCACAAGAUCGGCGGCUGUACACGCUCUACUCGAACAUAAUGAAAAUACGAGGGAUUUAGAGAACUUUUUGUAUCAAGAGAAUGUGGAUCCCAUACUGACUGUGAAAACGUUGAAGUAUUUCGAAUAUGUAUGGAAGAGGACGCACGGGAGCAAUCCACAGGAAAUCUGUCGGGGUCUAAACUCGGCGUUGAUGGAAGACACUCUAGUGUUCAUGUACGAGAAAGCGCUCCGGGAGGUGCCGCUGUUCGGCAAAGUGGAGCGUUCCUUUAUCAGAGUCAUUACGCAACAUCUCCACGAAAUGUACUUCCUGAAGGGCGAUACCGUGGUGCAGUGUAAAGAUAUACAGACGAACAUUUAUAUCAUUUACAGGGGAAAGGUUGAUGUAUUGAGCUCGUAUAAUGAAAUGAUUACGUGUAUGGGUACCGGUGGCAUGUUUGGCAAUUUUACUGGACAACCGAUGUCUAGUUCCGAAGUGGCUAUUUACGCAAGUAGAAGUCUAGAUUUGCUCGUAAUACCCUCGCAGACGUUCUUCAACUUAGUGAAAUAUUAUCCCAAAAUACAAGCACCUUUACAAAAGGCGUUUGAAGUUUCCAAAGACUAUAUAUUACCGAUUUCCAUGGACAAUGAAGAAGAUGAAUCGUCUGGUUCUGAUUUUGACAAUGCAUCACAAGGAACAGGCUUUGAUUCCAGAAGCGGAUCUAGUAGAUUUGACUUUGCUGGUCCCACAUCAGUACGUAGUUCUCAAUCUACGAGUAAUGUGAGUCAGGCCAAGUCUGCGGCCAGCGUGCUGACUUACCAGAGUUACAUGGACGUCAAUAAUUUGUUAAAACCAGGCUCUAGGCUAUUUCAGGGUUUUGGGUAUUUGACUAGUAUUAUGGUAACAUGCAACUACAUUUUGACUUUAUACGAAGUAACAACAUUGAACGAUUGUAACAUUAUAUUUUGGUUACAAUCCGUAAGCGACGUAUUUUUCUAUUUGAAGAUAUAUUUAAGCAUGCAUCAGGGGUAUGUGAACAGACAUGGCGAGCUGGUAAUGAAUUCGGUUAAAUGCCGAAAGCGAUAUUACAAACAUAAAUUGUGGCUUUGGAGCGAUCUGCUCGCUAACUUGCCGCUCGAAUUGUUUGGCUUCUGUUUUCCGCACCCAGUGUUCGCAAUGCAUUAUUUCCGUAUCAACAAACUGUUUCGACUCAAAUAUCUGGUGGAGUUCUAUCGCAAGACGUCAGCAGAACUAACUAACAAUCUCACUACUCUGCAGACAGCGAUGACGGUAUUCAUUGUAGCUCUGUUAAUUCAUACUUUAACUUGUAUUUGGUUAUCAUGGUCCCUUAUGGCCAUAUCACCGAUCAGUAUAAUACGAACCCUCAAAAUGCAUCUACUCGAUGAGGACACUCCACAGAGGCGAUGGGAUUACACCACCUCUUUCUAUAUAGUAGUUUCUGAACUAACUUCAACUGGAGGCGACGAGUUCGUAGUGGGUGAAGCUAUUUCCAUGAUCAUUUUAGCGAUUUGCCUUAUCUGUGGUAAAAUUUUGGCGGCAAUCGUCGUUGCUACGGCGAUACAAAUUGCUUUUUCGUCUAAAUAUGCGUUGAAUAACUAUGAGAUGGCGACCACGGAACUAAUUGACUAUUUGAAGAAUCAAGGAUUGUCGAAAUACCAGACAAAAAAGUUUUGGACAUACGUUCGACAACUUUGGGUGACCGAGCGCGGGAGACAGUUACCAGUACUAUUAUCCAAAACACCGUAUGUGUUGCGAUGUGACCUAAUGUCAGCAAUGUUCGGUCAGCAUUUGCGGAAUUGUUAUGUAUUCGCUGACACCGGGGAACCCUUUCUUCGUCAGUUAACUGUCGCCUUGGACUAUAAAGUUUAUUUUCCUGGAAAUUACAUAGUAGUAGCUGGUGACAGCGAGGCUAGAAUGCACUGGGUGGCGAGUGGCACUGUAUCAGUGCUGUCAGUUAGAGCAGACUUCACGGAGACAACACACGAGGUUCUGGUGCCCGGCGAUGUGUUUGGAAUCAUGCAGGGCCUAAAUAGGGGCAUAUGUCACUGUUUCUCUUAUCGAGCUGAUACAAGAGUUGGAAUUUUGACACUAUCUUUGGAUUCCUGGAUCAACAUAUUACAAUAUUUUCCAGAAGCCAAGAAAAUUAUAACAGAACGUUCAGAAAUAUUAUUUACUAAAAUUUAGAUGUUUUAAA